AGCUGCUGUUUCCCAGCGCCACACCUCCCACCUCGCCUCGCAGCGGCCAUCGGUGCUCCAACCCCCAGCUUUCCCGAUGCCCUGAGGAUGGAGCCGGCUUUUCCGGAGGGAUCAAGCUCCUGCCCUCAGAGCAGCACCUCCACAAUCUCCUCUCUCUAAACCAGCCAAGCCCAGGAGCCAGAAUUUAAAGAACAAACAGGGACACCCUCACCCCGCUCCACAAGAAUCUGGGACCAGCCCUUUGCUCCCGAUCACUUGCACAGAACAGAGAAUGCAGAAAAUGAGCAACAUCUAUGAAUCAGCAGCAAAUACCCUGGGAAUCUUUAGCAGCCCAUGCCUGACUAAAGUAGAGCUGCGAGUUGCAUGCAAAGGCAUAUCAGACCGGGAUGCCCUUUCCAAGCCAGAUCCCUGUGUCAUCCUGAAAAUGCAGUCACAUGGGCAGUGGUUUGAGGUUGACAGGACAGAAGUGAUUCGAACCUGUAUAAAUCCAAUCUUCUCCAAGUUAUUCACAGUGGACUUCUACUUUGAAGAGGUUCAGCGGCUACGGUUUGAAGUCCAUGACAUUAGCAGCAACCACAAUGGCUUGAAAGAUGCAGAUUUUCUUGGUGGCAUGGAAUGCACUCUUGGACAAAUUGUUUCACAGAGGAAACUCUCCAAAUCCUUACUGAAACAUGGGAACACAGCAGGGAAAUCAUCCAUAACAGUGAUUGCUGAAGAAUUGUCUGGCAACGAUGACUAUGUUGAACUUUCAUUCAGCGCACGGAAAUUAGAUGACAAGGAUUUUUUCAGCAAAUCUGAUCCAUUUCUGGAGAUUUUCCGGAUGAAUGAUGAUGCCACACAGCAGCUCGUUCACAGGACUGAGGUUGUGAUGAAUAACUUAAAUCCAGCCUGGAAAUCCUUUAAAGUGUCUGUAAAUUCUCUGUGCAGUGGAGAUGAAGAUCGCAGACUAAAGUGCAUAGUUUGGGACUGGGAUUCCAAUGGCAAACAUGACUUCAUUGGAGAAUUUAGUUCAACAUUCAAGGAAAUGCGAGGAGCAAUGGAAGGGAGACAGGUACAGUGGGAGUGCAUAAACCCCAAGUACAAAGCAAAGAAGAAGAGUUACAAGAAUUCAGGCAUUGUCAUUCUUAACCAGUGCAAGAUCCACAAGAUGCAUUCUUUCUUAGAUUACAUCAUGGGGGGAUGCCAAAUACAGUUUACAGUAGCUAUAGAUUUCACAGCAUCAAAUGGAGAUCCCAGGAACAGCUGCUCUCUGCACUACAUCCACCCGUAUCAGCCUAAUGAGUACUUGAAGGCAUUGGUUGCUGUUGGGGAGAUUUGCCAAGACUAUGACAGUGAUAAAAUGUUCCCAGCCUUUGGUUUUGGAGCCAGGAUACCACCGGAAUAUAAAGUCUCGCAUGACUUUGCAAUCAACUUUAAUGAAGACAACCCAGAAUGUGCAGGGAUACAAGGAGUCGUUGAAGCAUAUCAGAGCUGCCUUCCUAAGCUACAGCUUUAUGGGCCAACAAACAUUGCUCCCAUCAUCCAGAAGGUGGCUAAAUCAGCCUCGGAGGAGACUAACACCAAGGAGGCAUCGCAAUAUUUCAUCUUGCUGAUUCUGACAGACGGCGUGAUCACAGACAUGGCUGACACCCGGGAGGCCAUCGUUCAUGCCUCCCACCUGCCUAUGUCAGUCAUCAUCGUUGGGGUUGGAAACGCCGAUUUCAGCGAUAUGCAGAUGCUAGAUGGCGACGACGGGAUUUUGAGGUCUCCCAAGGGCGAGCCUGUUCUUCGAGACAUCGUCCAGUUUGUGCCAUUUAGGAACUUCAAACACGCAUCCCCAGCUGCACUAGCAAAAAGCGUUUUGGCUGAAGUUCCAAAUCAAGUGGUGGACUAUUACAAUGGCAAAGGGAUUAAACCAAAAUGUAUGUCAGAGUACGAGUCUUCCAGGACACUAGCGCCAUGAACUUCCCGCACACUUUUACAGAGCUCAAAACUGCUACUACUACAACUACCGUACUUUAAAACAAACAACAAAAUAGCACGUUUUGGUGAUUUUUAACUAAAAUAAUUUUUUUUGCAUGUGUAGCCUAAAGGCUUGAAUCUGUUAAGCAGUUGUUAUUGUUGAAAACUUUUUAUGAGAAGAAGGAAACUAACUCUUUACAGCAUGUCGCCUUGAAAUAAAAAGUUAUCUGUAUCUGGUUUUUAUACAGGUUUGUUGAAAUUUUGCUAAAUUUCUUAUUAUCUUUCCACUGUAAAGCAUUUUGAAACAUUUGAGAGCGGAUAGCCAAAAUACCUUUGGUUUUAUCUGCUGCGAAACAAAAGAUUUUUCAAAA